AAAAGACGAAAGAAAAGGGACAAUGAGCUGGACACACACACACACACUGUCUUCGGCUCAGUUACUAAGAGAACUCUUGAGGGGAGCAUUGUGCAGCUACUGAUCUCUCAGUGAAGGAACAGACGCAGCAUGCACACACUCUCUCUCCUCCUCAUCCUCCACCUUCUGAAGCCAGGCGUGUGUGAGUCCUGUUCCCUGGUGGUCAGUCCUGCUGGGCUGGUGGUGAAGUAUGGAGCCCCUGCUUCGGCCAACUGCACCUCCGAUACGGUCACCUCUAUGGGCUGGGAGCCGAGCCUAGGAGAAUCUCCGCUCUUUGGCACUGAGGUGAAAGAGCUGACUUGGAGAGUAGACAGCCUGACUGACUGGAAUAUAAAGCCUCAAUGCUUUGAGAUCUCUGAGGUGGGAGGCCAGUGUGCCAGAGUGCUGAAAGUUACUGUUUACAAGCUUCCAGACAGAGUCUCCAUCAGAUAUUUAAACCACUCUGGUCCCGUGGUUGAGGGGCAUCAGUACUCUCUGCAUUGUCUUGUCCAGAACACCGCUCCUAUUGAGCACCUCAGAGUGACCUUCUUCAAAGUCUCUACCAAUGGUGAACAGACAGUGUUAUACACACAACCACUGAACAAUGACAUUCUACAAUUGAACAAUGACAUGAGGCAACCGGUGAACGAGAGCUAUUCCCUGCAGUUCUCCCCACUAGUGUUGAUGACGGGGCCCAGUGGUUUUGUUCAGCCAUGUUGGAUCUGGGACCAGAGGGACCCCGACCUCCUGCUGUAAUGGAAUCAGACCGCCUCAACACAACUGUGCACUUCGCUCCUGAGUUCUCCUGUUCUGCCAAGCUGCAGGUGCGAGCAGGGGAGGGGCUAACUUGUGAUGUCAGAGGCAAUCCCCUCCCUUCGGUCACCUGGCUGAGAGACGGACAGGUACUGACCCCGCCCACACACCUGAGCAGAGAGGAUGCUGGGAAUUACACCCUCAUGGCUUUGAACCGUAUCGGAAGAGCCAAUCACACAGUGGAGGUGGAGGUCCUACAUGACCGUGCUGCUAGAGGAGCUUCCUGUCAGGCUGCUGGGAGUGCCACGGUGGCUGUGCUGCUCCACCAGCUCAUUCAUUGGCUAUAUUGAAUGAUUAUUUUAUUGAUUGAACGGUUGAGUUAUUCAUUGACCAAUCAGGACACCGAUCUCUGUGCUGGAGCUUUGUGAUUUGACAGUGAUCUGUGAGGGCAGUCUUCAAUAGAUCUGGAAUCAGAGUUAGUAGAAAACCCUUUUUGCCUAAAUGUGAAAUGAGCUGUUUUGAAAUGUGUUAUUUUGAAGUAGUGCUAUUGAACAGGUCUGUAAUUAAGCAAUAAGGCCCGAGGGGGUGUGGUAUAUGGCCAAUAUACCACGGCUAUGGGCUGUUCUUAUGCACGACACAACGGUAUAAAUGUUUAUUUCAAAAAUCCUAACCUUAAAUGUUUAUUACUAAUAAACUAUAUAAAUGUUUUGGCCUAAUCCUAACCCAGUCUCUAGCAACAGAUCUACCAUAACCCUAACCCUAAUCCUAACCCAGUCUCUAGCAACAGAUCUACCAUAAUCCUAACCCUAAUCCUAACCCUAAUCCUAAUGUGUUUGUUGUCUAUGUCUUUUGAGACGAAUAAAAGUUGACCCAUAAACUGUCA